AUGAGUUCUAUUCAAAAUCCUCAGCUCUCCAACCAAGAAGCUGUUGUGGAUGUUAACGAAUUCGUAUCUGUUGAAAACCCAGAUUCUAAACGCUCCAAGUUUGGAUCUUUCUUCAAAAACCCUUACCCUCCUGGGUUUUCCCGAAAGCUGGUGGCGGAGGUGAUAGCAACCUAUUUGCUAGUGUUUGUGACAUGUGGGGCGGCAGCAUUGAACGCGAGCGAUGCACGGAGAGUGUCGCAGCUUGGUGCUUCAGUUGCAGGUGGAUUGAUCGUGACUGUGAUGAUUUACGCUGUCGGACACGUUUCCGGUGCCCAUAUGAACCCGGCUGUCACCAUGGCUUUUGCUGCAACUCGACACUUUCCAUGGAAACAGGUUCCAUUGUAUGGAGCAGCACAACUGAGUGGAGCAACUUGUGCAGCCUUUACAUUGCGCUUAUUAUUGCAUCCAAUUAAGCAUUUGGGCACAACUACUCCAUCAGGGUCUGAUUUACAAGCUUUAGUUAUGGAGAUUGUUGUUACAUUCUCUAUGAUGUUUGUCACUCUUGCCGUUGCAACUGACACCAAAGCAGUAGGAGAGCUGGCAGGUAUCGCAGUUGGCUCAGCUGUUUGUAUCACUUCCAUCUUAGCUGGACCUGUAUCAGGAGGGUCAAUGAACCCUGUGAGGACUUUAGGACCUGCAUUGGCAAGUGAUUAUUAUAAAGGGCUUUGGGUGUACUUUGUUGGGCCGGUUGUUGGAACUCAACUGGGGGCAUGGUCAUAUAAGUUCAUACGUGCCAGUGACAAACCUGUGCACUUAAUCUCUCCACAUUCUUUUUCACUCAAAAUGCGAAGAAUGUCGAGAUCAGAUGUUAGCGAAAGCAAUCAUUAA